GUCAAGUACAUCUGUUCUGGACAGUGACGGUUCAGUUGAGCUGCUUCUCCGCCCUGACUGGAAGGAAUGCCUUGACUAAACGGUUCUCGUAUGGACAUGAGGUACUCCGAUUGUUGUCGUUAUUUCCUCAGUGUCAUUUUUCCAUUUGGCUUCUGGCGGGGAUGAAAAUCAAUAGCGGUGUGAUGAUGGAGCCUAGCAGGUGCCUGGCCUCAGGGGCUGAUGGUGAGGAGCCAGCCCCGUCCAAGCCUUCCCAGCCUGCCGGGAUGGACAUCCUCAAAGUGAGAGUAGAUGAGACGGUUUUUGUGGUGGACAAAUCCCUCGUCACUCAACACUGUGAGUACUUCCGAGCCCUUUUCCAGUCAGGAAUGCGUGAAUGCCAGCAGGAGGAGAUCCACCUGAGGGAGCUGGGGGCGGGGGGGUUUCUGAUGGCCCUGCGCGUCCUGAGCGGGGAGAGGCCCAUGCUCAGCGGAGACGAGAUCGUCGAGGCCAUCGAGUGUGCCUCUUUCCUCCAGGUGGACUCCCUCACUAAACACCUCAUAAAUAUCCUCAACUCUGACAACUGUGUGCUCAUGUACCACACGGCGGCUACCUACGGGCAGCGGCAGCUCUCCCACAGCGCCGCUCUGUUUAUCAGAGACAUGGACUCUGAACUGAGAGAAGAACUGGGCGCCUUGCCAAGAGAGCUGGUGGAAUACAUUGAGUCCCUCAGUCCCGGCAGAUACAUGGUGGUCUGCACCCAUUCCCCUACCAUCGAGCUGCUGCAGGACUCCCAGAGGACGGUCUGCUUCCUGGACGAAGAGGAGAGAGACUGGAAAGUCUUGACUCAGUUACCCAUGAAUGCCAGCACAACCAUGGCAGGCGUGACUGUCUUAGACAACAAACUGUACAUUGUCGGAGGAGUGCAUGACGUCAGCAAGAAAGUAGUAGACACUGGCUACUGCUACAGCCCGGAAAGUGACUCCUGGUCUCUGAUCCCAAGCCCCCAGCAGCCCCGCUACAACUUCACUCUGAUUGGACACGAGGGCUACCUCUAUGCCCUGGGGGGGGAGUUUGAAAGGAAAGCCAUGGCAUCUGUGGAGCGGUACAGCAUCUCUACAGGAACCUGGAGUUUUGCCUCAGACCUCCCCUGCCCUGUGGCCUCUGUGGUCUCAACCAAGGCCAUGAGUAGGAUCUUCAUCAGCCUGUGGAAGUCUAAAGGUGCCACAGAGAUCCAGGAGUAUCUGCCUGAACAGGACCGGUGGGUGGUAGAAACCACUCUGGUCCGCCACCAGAGCUACGGUCACUGUAUGGUAGCCCACAGGGACAAUCUGUACGUGAUGCGUAAUGGGCCAGGCGAAGACUUCCUGCUGUGUGUGAUGGACUGUUAUAAUCUCACUACUGGCCAGUGGACGGCCAUGCCAGGCCAGUAUGGGAAUAGUAAAGGGGCCCUAUUCACAGCCGUGGUCAUAGGGGACUCUGUUUUCACCCUCAACCGCAAGGUGACCACAGAGUACUCCAUAGAGGAACACAGGUGGAGAAUGAAAAGGGAGAUGACUGGCUUUGGGAGGAUUGGAUCCAUGUACACAUUCCUCUUGAGGAUGCCAAAUGCCCAGCACCGCAUUUUAGGAAACUCUCACGCUUUGAUUGAUGGUCUAAGUUUUGGGACCCGUAUUAACCACAGACCCAGGUCCUCUUUACAAUGUUUGGACUAAUUCCUUAUCAAUAGAUUUCUUCAUAUGAUGUCUCUACGCCUAGUAGGCGAAGAGAAGUGAAUGUUGUCACCUUAAUUUGCAUUGGAAAGUGCAGUACAACCAGUGAAGCUGUAUCAAGUUUGAUCAUGCAUACAGUAUUUCAAAGUACUCUUUCCAUGGAAACUAAGCAAUGGUUUGUAAUGUUCUUAAAUAUUUUUCCUGUUUUCACAACAAACAGGCUCUUUAUGGCCCUAAGGUCCCAGUGGUAUCACUGCUAGGACUCAAGGUUACAUAGGGCCAGAAUAGUUUUCACAGCAAGCCAACACUGCUGUAAUGAGGGUAUGUUUGCAGCUGUGUUUAGAAAGAUCUCCCUAGAUGGACACGUUUUGAAAUCUAAUGGGAUAACCUGUGUAAGUAAUACAUCAUUCAUUCGAUAGAUAACGCAAAUACUUGGCCCCUGGCAAAAAAGAUUGGAAGUAAGUGGAAGAAUGGUAUGUUAUGAAGCAAUAAAAUAUCAUUAAAAUCACAUUUUCUUAAAGGUGAAGAAUGUAA